CAGCUCCUAUAACAACAACUGUAGAUGCUUCCAUAAACACAACAGCAGCACCUACUACGUCAAUCACAACUGCAGGUCCUACUAACAUUUUGACUCCUAAGACAAUCACAACUGAAACUCUUACAGACAUCACAACUGUAGCUCCUAUGCCCCCCACAAUUGCAACUUCAACUGUAGCAUCACCCACAACAACAACUGCAGAUUCUUCCACAACCACAGGUGCAGCACCUACUACAUCAAUCACAACUGCAGUUCCUACUACCAUUUUGACUCCUAAGACAAUCACAACAGAAGCUCCUACAGAAAUCACAACUGUAGCUCUUAUGCCCCCCACAAUUGCAACUUCAAUUACAACUGUAGCAUCACCUACAACAACAACUACAGAUGCUUCCACAACCACAAGUGCAGCACCUACUACAUCAAUCCCAACUGCAGGUCCUACUAUCAUUUUACCUCAAUCGACAACCACAACAACAUCCACUACAACAACUGUAGCUCCUACAAUGUCAAUCUCAACUGCAGGUCCGACUACCAAUUUAACUCCAACGACAACCACAACUGUAGCUCCUACAGACAUCAUAACUGUAGCUCCUAUGCCCCCCACAAUUGCAACUUCAACUACAACUGUUGAAUCACCUACAACAACAACUACAGAUGCUUCCACAACCACAAGUGCAGCACCUACUACAUCAAUCCCAACUGCAGGUCCUACUACCAUUUUGACUCCUAAGACAAUCACAACUGAAGCUCCUACAGAAAUCACAACUGUAGCUUUUAUGACCCCCACAAUUGCAGCUUCUACUUCAACAACUGUUGCUCCCACGACCACAACUGCAGCAGCUCCUAUAACAACAACUGUAGAUGCUUCCAUAAACACAACAGCAGCACCUACUACGUCAAUCACAACUGCAGGUCCUACUAACAUUUUAACUCCAACGACAAGCACAACUGAGGCUCCUUCAGACGUCACUACUGUUGCUCCUUUGAACCCCACAAUUGCAGCUUCUUCUUCAACAACUGUAGCUCCCACGGUCACUACAACUGCAGAAGCUCCUAGAACAACAACUGCAGCUGCUUCUACAUUUACUACUGCAUCACCUACUGCAACCACAACAGAAGCUCCUUCUACAACAAAUGUAGCACCAAUGACUUUAGGAACAACAGUCCCAACGACAACUGCAGCUAAUUCCUCAACUGUAGCUCCUUCAAUGCCAAUCCCAACUGCAGCUCCUACAACAACAACUCUUGCUCCUACAACCUCUACAACUUCAGCACCCACUACAUUAUUCACAACUGCAGGUCCUACUACCAUUUUACCUCCUUCGACAACCACAACAACAUCCACUACAACAACUGUAGCUCCUACAAUGUCAAUCUCAACUGCAGGUCCUACUACCAAUUUAACUCCAACGACAACCACAACUGAAGCUCUUACAGACAUCACAACUCUAGCUCCUAUGCCCCCCACAAUCGCAACUUCAACUGUAGCAUCACCUACAACAACAACUGCAGAUGCUAAUACAACCACAGGUGCAGCACCUACUACAUCAAUCACAACUGCAGGUCCUACUACCAUUUUGACUCCUAAGACAAUCACAACUGAAACUCUUACAGACAUCACAACUGUAGCUCCUAUGCCCCCCACAAUUGCAACUUCAACUGUAGCAUCACCCACAACAACAACUGCAGAUGCUUCUACAACCACAGCUUCUACUUCAACAACUGUUGCUCCCACGACCACAACUGCAGCAGCUCCUAUAACAACAACUGUAGAUGCUUCCAUAAACACAACAGCAGCACCUACUACCUCCUUCAAUGCCAAUCCCAACUGCAGCUCCUACAACAACAACUCUUGCUCCUACAACCUCUACAACUUCAGCACCCACUACAUUAUUCACAACUGCAGGUCCUACUAUCAUUUUACCUCCUUCGACAACCACAAUAACAUCCACUACAACAACUGUAGCUCCUACAAUGUCAAUCUCAACUGCAGCUUCUACUUCAACAACUGUUGCUCCCACGACCACAACUGCAGCAGCUCCUAUAACAACAACUGUAGAUGCUUCCAUAAACACAACAGCAGCACCUACUACGUCAAUCACAACUGCAGCUCCUUCAAUGCCAAUCCCAACUGCAGCUCCUACAACAACAACUCUUGCUCCUACAACCUCUACAACUUCAGCACCCACUACAUUAUUCACAACUGCAGGUCCUACUACCAUUUUACCUCCUUCGACAACCACAACAACAUCCACUACAACAACUGUAGCUCCUACAAUGUCAAUCUCAACUGCAGCUUCUACUUCAACAACUGUUGCUCCCACGACCACAACUGCAGCAGCUCCUAUAACAACAACUGUAGAUGCUUCCAUAAACACAACAGCAGCACCUACUACGUCAAUCACAACUGCAGCUCCUACAACAACAACUCUUGCUCCUACAACCUCUACAACUUCAGCACCCACUACAUUAUUCACAACUGCAGGUUCUACUACCAUGUUACCUCCUUCGACAACCACAACAACAUCCACUACAACAACUGUAGCUCCUACAAUGUCAAUCUCAACUGCAGGUCCUACUACCAAUUUAACUCCAACGACAACCACAACUGA